AUCUAGGAAUCCGCUGCCCGGAACCGGAACCCCCAGAGAACGGCGCCAUCAAAGGGGAGGGCACUCGUGUGGGUUCAGUGGUCUAUGUCGUCUGCAAGGAAGGCUUCGUAUUGCACGGGCCGACUGUCAUGGCGUGUGUUCCCUUCGGAGAGGGCGCCCAGUGGGACCCGUCUGUCAGCCGGCAGUGUGUCGAGGGCAGACACGAGUUUGAGGAGACAAACGAGGUCUCGGCGGAAGACUCCGAGUCAGAGGAGAUCCCGCCAGAACCCGAGAGCCUGGAGGAGGUCAGAGGGAGGGAGACAGAGGAGGAGGAUGGAGUGGGGGAGGAAGAGGAUGCCCGCCCUCCCCCCUACCUCAGCCCGCGGCUACAUAAGUCCAGACUGGCCUUCAAACAACAUAAUAACCUACCGGAGCAUGUACCAGAGGAGGAGCGCGCAGACUUGGAGAGCAACAUGCUGUCGGAGGAGCUGUCCCAGACACCCAGAGGCUGCUUCCUGACCCCUGACCCCGGGCCCUGCAGAGCCUUGUUCAGGCGCUACUUCUUCGACAAGACUACCAUGGAGUGCCACCCGUUUAUUUACGGCGGUUGCCAGGGCAACGAGAACAGGUUCGCGACGAUGGAGGAGUGUAAUUCCGAGUGCUUGCGUGGCGAAUGAGUAACAGCACUACGGAUGCCUUGAAAGAGAGCUCUGCCAGUAGUGAUUUGAAAAAAAAACAUCAUCGUUGAUAUAACAAUAUUUCACGCCUUACUCUCUCCAGAAUUAUAAUAAUAAUAAUAAUAAUAAUAGUAAUGAUAAUAACAUGCAAA